UCUACAAGCACUACAAGUCCACGCUCGAGCCCUCAAGUCACAACGUUGAUUCCGACGAAGUCCCACGUACAGCCAAAGAUCAAUUCUGCGCAAUAUCGACGAGAUGCUCGACAUCGCCAAGCUCGCCUUGCUCUGUCUUUCGUUUGCACCCCUUGCACUUUCUGUAGCACUGUCUUGGCCCUUGCCACUGGAAGAAGCAACGAUGAUCUAUCGUCUUCAAUUGCGCUACUACGCAGCCUGCCAUCAUCAAGUCAAUUUUGCGGUGGCAGACGAAGAGCCUGCUCCUUCUGCGAUCAGCUUCAUUCUGGUUCGUAUGAAGGGCUCAGCCGAUAUCAUCACGACGUGGACCCAGAAGAAUGGGGUAGACGUGAGCAGAUCGGAUGAAGACCUACAGCAGAGAGAGAUCAGACGUAUCAUCAGACUGACUAUCGUUCGCGCUCCUACAUCCGGUCCCGAAUCGCUCAAACGAUGUUGCAAGGUUACAUUCCAAUACAACUUCGAAGCAUGGGUCGUCCGACAGUACACGCUCCCGCGGUAUCAGAGCGCUGUUCUGACUUGCUCAGUGAGCAACGAAGGCUGCACGCAAGCUAUGCUCGAUCCGUUCAAAGUCGUUCCAGACAUGCCAACAGAUUGUCCCUUCUUCACCAUCGAGCGCAAAGACGUCAGUCCACCUCAAUCCCACUUGCCAGUGCUCUGCAAGGGGUCCUCGUGCAAUGCAUGAUCUGUGACUCUGCCAGGCCAUACCAGCUGGUCUGCUUUGCAAUACUUGCGGAUGAUACUGCAUAUCGCCUCAAAGUACGUGCACAUCUGCCGCAUGAUAAGACAAGCAUGCAUGGAAAGUGAUGACGAUAGUGAGAGUGAGC